CAAACCCCCUUUCUUUCGUUUAAAGAGAAAGGAAGCAGUACCUUUCGCCGUUAACAAGAAGCACGUGAUUUUCCCAUGUGGGAUGUGGCAUGAGCCACACUUCUCAAUCUGUAAUUUUCUGUCCCGGAAAUUAAGCACCCACACAAAAUCGUCACCGCUAACGUCACUUUUCUCCUUCCCGUCCUCUAUAUAAACCGCAAUACCAUGGUCCAUGGAUGACUAUAUGCACUCUCCUCUUCAAAUCAUACACCAACCUAAGCCCGUUUUUUCUACAUACCACACCACUCAGCAUCACCUCCACGCGCCACCGUUGCCAUCUCCUCUUUUUUUUUUUUUUUGGUAAUAAACAAUCACCCCAUCUCCUCUCCAUGAUGAAACGGCCUCACUUUCUAGUCGUAACCUUCCCUGCCCAGGGACACAUAAAUCCUGCCCUCCAGUUCGCCAAGCGUCUAAUACGCAUUGGAGCUGAUGUCACCUUCGCCACAAGCGUCUCCGCUUACCGCCGUAUGAACACCAAACCCCCCACCAUUGAAGGCCUUUCUUUCACCAUGUUUUCUGACGGCUACGAUGAUGGGGUAAAGGAAUUCCACGACCCCGCGCAAUACUUGUCCGAGCUCAAGCGUCGAGGCUCUGAAACUCUGACUAACCUAAUACUGAGUAGCCAGAAGGAGGGCCGGUCGUUCACUUGCAUAGUCUACACACUACUCCUACCCUGGGUAGCCGAGGUGGCGCGGGCAUUUAAAGCCCCAUCGGCCAUUCUCUGGAUCCAGCCUGCCACGGUUUUAGACAUCUACUACUACUACUUCUAUGGUUAUGAAGAAACCAUCAGGAACAAUGCAAGUGACCCCUCUUGUUUAAUCCAAUUACCAGGUCUCCCACCACUAAUUAGCCGUGACUUACCUUCAUUUGUAAUGCCUUCAAAUACCUAUGCUUUUGCAUUACCUACAUUUCAAGAACAACUCGUUCAACUUUGCGAAGAAACCAACCCGAAGAUACUGGUUAACACCUUUGAUGCCUUGGAACCUGAGGCCUUAAAGGCGAUUAGUGAGUUUACGAUGAUUGGAGUUGGACCCUUAAUUCCAUCUGCCUUUUUGGACGGUAAGGAUCCAUCCGAUACUUCCUCUGGUGGCGAUCUUUUCCAUGGUUCAAAGGAUUACAUAGAUUGGCUUGACUCGAAGCAGAAAUCAUCUGUUAUUUAUGUUUCCUUUGGAACUAUUGCCGUUUUGAAGAAGCAGCAAGUGGAGGAAAUCGCUCGUGGACUGCUAGACAGUGGACGGCCGUUCUUGUGGGUGAUGAGAGCAAAAGAUGGAGAGGGGGAUAAGAAAGAAGAAGACGAGAUCAAUUUCAGGGAAGAACUGGAGCAGCAAGGGAUGAUAGUACCGUGGUGCUCGCAGCUGGAGGUUCUGUCUCAUCCGUCGUUAGGAUGCUUCGUGACGCAUUGUGGUUGGAACUCGACGCUUGAGAGUUUGGCAGCGGGGGUGCCGGUGGUGGCCUUUCCUCAGUGGACGGAUCAAGGGACAAAUGCCAAGCUGAUUGAAGAUGUGUGGAAGACGGGGGUGAGAGUGACGGUGGAUGAAGACGGCAUAGUAAGAAGCGAUGAGAUAAUGAGAUGCUUGGAAUUGGUGAUGGGAGGUGGGGAAAAGGCAGAAGAACUGAGAAAGAAUGCUGCAAAAUGGAAGGAUUUGGCUAGGGAGGCCACCAACGAAGGCGGAUGUUCCGACAAGAAUCUUCGGAGAUUUGUAGAUGAGGUUUCCGAAGGGUGCACCUAGUACUGGUACAGUAUAGGCAGAUACUUGUGUGAUAACUUUGGAUAAGAUUAAUGUGUUUGUGGACUUAAUUUUGUUACUGGUCAUGUAUUUUGUAAUUUAGCAGUGAUCUGAUUUUUUUCUACCUCUUUCACAAAAGAGGCAAACCAAACCAAAUUUCGUUGUUGUGGAAAUUCAAUAUGUGGGAGUCAAGUGGCAUGUAUUCUAAUAUCAAUUAUUAAUGUAAAAGAGUAUUACUUUUCAUAUUUAAACCAAAUAUAUUUCUUUUUUCAUA